CGAGCAGUCAGUAAAUUAAAAAAAAAAACAACAAUGAGCUCACAGCUAUUUCCCAUAAAUUUAAAUAAAUUAACUGACAAAGAAGGCCACAACUACAUUUUAAACCACUAUGUCCUCAACACCGCCGCCGAGAGCGAGUCGCGUAAGCACAAGCGCGACAUCGAUGUCAUCCGAGAGAACCACCGCUUUCUGUGGGAGGACGAUGAAGUUGACUGUGGAUCGCUGAGUUGGGAACAGCGCCUGGCGCUGCGCUACUACAAGAAACUCUUCAAGGAAUACUGCAUUGCGGACCUGAGUCGCUACAAAGAUAACAAGAUAGCCCUCCGCUGGCGUACCGAGCAAGAAGUUGUCGCCGGAACAGGUCAAUUCCAAUGUGGGAGUCGCCACUGUGUGGAGCGGAAAGAUCUGCGCAGCUGGGAGGUUAACUUCAAGUACAUGGAGCAUGGCGUGCCAAUGAAUGCGCUCGUUAAGGUGCGACUUUGUCCCACGCACACGGAGCAACUGAACUACCGCACCAAGAAGAAGGAGCACAAAAAGCAGAAACGUAGGGAGAAAGAUGAGCGCAGAGCUGUGAGAAGAAAUAAGCGACGUAAAUUGGAUGAUACGGCCGAGGAUGACCAGGAGAAAGAAGAUAAUGAAGAGGAAGAACCUAAGGUGCCAGAAGCCGAACAAGAAAGAAGGAAGAUUCAAGGCGAGGAAGACAACACCACCGCGGAAGACGAAAUAUGGCUGAAACAGCCCGAUGUCGUCGCGGAACCCUCCAGGGAGCAAGAGUUCGAAAGCUAUCUGGAAGAUCUUCUAAUGUAAAAUAGAUAGCACGUUUAUUUUUGAUUCAACGUAGACAAUAGUGAUCUUUUUAAAGUUACUGGCCGCGAGAUGAGCUCGCUUAUGGACUAAGAUGUACCAUGCAUCCAUUUACAUACAUCUUAUUGUGUAUUUUCUGGCAUGCAUACUCACAUUUACAUUUACAAGACUAUUCACAAUUAUUUGUUAAAACCAACACCAAAAAGUUGAACUGGACAGUAAGGCUGUGACACUAACUCUGCAUUCUUUUUUUAUGUUUUUACAAUAUUUGUGUAUUUUGUGUACCUAGAGUUUCAAUCGCAAUCUCUUUAUUGAUCGAGUGCAAGUCGAGGAUAGUCGCUACAGGUUCGAAAAUACAUUCUCAUCAUUCGUUU